UGCCUGUCGAACUCAUGCAGUGAUAAGGCGAGCGGUAUAUAAGGGCAGGCGGCGGUUGGGUUUCUCACAGCUAGAGCCGGCAGCAUGAAGUGGGCGGUGGUUGCAGCAGUUCUCCUCGUGGCCGCUGUGGCCGAGGGCGCAGAUCUCGCCCACAGACAGCAGGCAGUCAAUCGCCUGUUGUACAGGAUCUACAGCCCUAUCCCUUCCAAAUUCCCUGAACUGAAGCAGCUCUCUAACUCUUUCAACCCAAGGGGCAAUGCUGGCAACUGCAAGGAUGGCGGCAAUGCCGUCAACCACCUCAUGGACGAGCUCGAUGCCGGUCGCCUCCUCGAGCAGCACCACUGGUUCUCCCUCUUCAACACCCGCCAGCGGGAGGAGGCCCUCAUGCUGGUUGAUGUCCUCCUCAAUUGCGAGAACUUCGAGAGCUUCGUGGGCAACGCCGCUUUCUUCCGCGAGCGAAUGAACGAGGGCGAGUUCGUCUACGCAUUCUACGUGGCCGUCUCUCACUCUGACUUCAUGCAGGACGUCGUGCUGCCGCCACUCUACGAGGUCACACCCCACAUGUUCACUAACUCAGAGGUCAUCGACAAAGCAUACACUGCCAAGAUGACACAGACUCCCGGCGAAUUCCGCAUGAGCUUUACUGGCAGCAAGAGAAAUCCUGAGCAGCGCGUCGCCUACUUCGGUGAAGAUGUUGGCAUGAACUCUCACCACGUCCACUGGCAUAUGGACUUCCCCUUCUGGUGGCAUGGAGACGAGAUUGAUCGCAAGGGUGAGCUCUUCUUCUGGGCCCAUCACCAGCUUACUGUCAGGUUCGAUGCCGAGCGUCUCUCCAACUACUUGCCUCUGGUCGAUGAGCUGUACUGGGACCGCCCCAUCAAGGAAGGAUUUGCUCCCCACACAAACUACAAAUACGGCGGAGAGUUCCCCACACGUCCCGACAACAAGAACUUUGAGGAUGUUGACGGCGUGGCUCGCAUCAGAGACAUGAAGGAAAUGGAGAGCCGCAUCCGCGACGCCAUUGCUCACGGUUACGUCGACAAAUCUGACGGCUCUCACAUCGACAUUGACAACGACCAUGGUAUUGACGUACUGGGUGCCGCCAUUGAGUCCUCUACAUCCAGCGUCAACCCCUCCUACUACGGCGCCCUCCACAACCAGGCUCACCGCGUGCUGGGCGCCCAGGCCGACCCACAUGGCAAGUUCAACAUGCCACCUGGCGUGAUGGAACACUUCGAGACCGCUACACGCGAUCCCUCCUUCUUCCGCCUCCACAAGUACAUGGACAACAUUUUCAAGGAACAUAAGGACAAGCUGCCACCUUACACCGCCGACGAUCUUAAGUAUGACAACGUCGAAAUCUCAGACGUCGAUAUUGACGAGCUUUCCACCUUCUUUGAAGACUUUGAGUUUGAUUUGGGCAACUCUCUCGACACAGCAGACAAUGUAAAACAUGUAGAUGUCCAUGCCCAUAUUCCCCGUCUUAACCACAAGCCUUUCCACUACAACAUCCAUUACCACGCCGACCAUGACGAUACGGUCAGCAUUCGCGUCUACCUCACCCCCGUUAGAGACGAAAAUGGUAUCAAGAUGCACAUUGACGAAAAUCGCUGGCAUGCUAUCAUGAUCGACAACUUCUGGGCUGAAGUCAAGGCCGGAACGCACAACAUUCGCCGUAGUAGCUUCGACUCCAGUGUGACCAUCCAAGACCGUGUUUCCUUCGAGGAACUCAUAAGUAAGGCUGACGAGGCUGUGGAGAAUAAUCAUCCGCUGGAAGUGAAUAGUGGCAGGUCCUGUGGUCAUCCCCACAAUCUACUGCUGCCCAAGGGUAACAAGGAGGGUGUUGAAUUCUGGUUGAAUGUGCACGUCACUAGCGGCGAUGACGCAGCACAUGCCGACCUUCACUCGAAUGACUAUGAUGGCAACCAUGGAUACUGUGGCAUUCAUGGCAAGGCAUACCCUGACAAGCGUCCCAUGGGCUAUCCCUUCGACAGGCGCAUUCCAGACCUCCGCGUCGUCAAGAACCUGCCCAACUUCUUUGGCAAGACUGUCCGCGUCUAUCACAAGGAGGGCCAUUAAAUGUUGCUAACACCUACUGCCUCUUGCAACAUUUAGAAUGACGCUUAGCAAAGUUAAAUAUCAAACAAAUACAGAAGCUAGUCCUAACAUAUACCCUUUUUCUUUUAUGUUUUCCAUGUCUGACCAAUAAAUGCACCUUUUCCCGCCACCCAA